GUCAUUAUUUUGCAUCCUUUGUCGGUCACGCAUGAGUCUCAUCAUCCAUUCAUUCGACGUACUGUACGUGUCUUUCCACACACACCAACCAAAUCGACACACUCUGUACGUAGCUAGCUAGGCGCACACACAUAUAUACACACAAGACGAAAAGGCCAAGCACUCAAAGCGAUGCUUGUGCCAUGAACAGACAGACAGGCAGGCAGACAGAGACAGACACAGAGGCAGACACAGAGGCAGAGAGGGAGAGAGGGAGAGAGGCACACACACACGGCUAGAGAGGCACACACACACGACUAACUCAUGCACGGCAGGCAUGACAUACAGCUUCUCGAACAGCACAUACACAUGAUGUACAGAGCCGACAGACGUAUGGCAAAGAAGCACGCACACGCACACACGAGUGAGUGAGUGAGUGCUCCCACGUACGGCUCACUCUUGACUCACACGACCGACCAUGCAUCGCUCGCGUACACAAACAACGCCUCGCUUAGCGCCCACACCACCCCACACCCACGUCGCCACGCACGCACGCACGCCCGCAAGCAUCGACUAAUCGAGUGUCCUCGAUCGAUCUGGCUCCUGUCCUGUCUGCCUCACGGCUGACGGACACCGUUGACAAAAGGCGGGCGAUGGAAUGUGUGUGUGUGUGUGUGUGUGCUCAGUGAGUGCCGCACACACAGUCCACACACUCAAUAAUCUACACACUAGGGUAAGUACUUACACGAACAAUUACUCACCCACCUACACAUGCACACAUCUGACUGACGGACUGACUGACUGCCUGGCUGGCUGGCUGGCUGAGUGAUUCAUAUCAACACGGCACUCACUCACGGCCAGCGCAGCAUGCAGCGCACGCACGCACGACAUGCAGACAGACAGAUCUGCCCAGCACAGCCCAGCCCUGUCUGUCCCCGGCCCCUCUGUCUGUCCCUCCUUCGUCAAUCAACAGGGACCGCCGCAAAGCUUGUCGGCAUGUUUGUCAAGCUUGUCGGCACCCUUGUCAAGAAAACCCGACAAAUUGUAGGCCCCAGAAUUCCAGGCAACAUUGGCCAUGUCCCGUUUGACCUUUCCAACGAACCGUUUGGCCUUUCCAACGGCCCGUUUGGCCUUUCCAAAGAGAAAGUCAAUAAUAAGUCUCCUCCGAUCGGCGGCGGCGGCGUCGGGUCCAGAUGACGCGCUGAUACGCUCCUUGCGGAGUCUGUCGACGGUCAUGCGGCUGCGGUCGUCGGUCCGGAUGGCCGUGAGGGCCGACUCAAGGUCCACAGGCGCCCCGCCUAUCAGCUCGCGGAACUCAGAAGCUGUCUUGACCUCUGGCUCAACGACUGCAGUCAGUCGUUAACACACAACAGACAUCCACUCACAGGUUGUGUGUGCGUCAGGAGGAACAGGCAGCACACAUACCUGGUGCCUCAGCUGUCGACGACUGCUCCGUCUUGUCGUCUGCUGUUUCCACCGCCGUACGCACAACAGUCUCAGGCAGGACACCUGCACACACAUAAUAUACACACACAGGAAGUAUGUAUUGCCAGCCUGAGUGCGAGAGUGCAGACGUGUGGAUGACUGACUGAGUGAGUGAGUGGGUGUGUGCGUACCUUCAGUUGUGAUUUCGUUGGCACCAUCAGCUGUCCCGCCUCGCAAUCGCCUCGCCAGCACAGAGGGUGCGGCACCAGCAGCAGCAGCAACAGCAGGCGGCUGUGGAUCAGCCGACGCCAGAGUGAUGCCGACAACACACAGCAGCACGCUAAGGACCUUCAUCAU